AUGGCACAAUCCAACAACACCAAUCCUAAUUCUGCAUUUCAGAAUUAUGACAACCAGAAUACUCAGCUACCAGACAUUAACUCGAUUCAUUCGCCAUCUCCAUCUCACUCGCAAUCAUAUAGAAUGCCAACACCUCUAGAUUCAAGUCCCCAUUCAAGCAGUCCGUCUCAACCACUCGAUUCUACAUUGCAAAACAUCCGUCCUUCAACACAAUCCGUCAAUUCACACGAAUCAAGUGCGUCGAAUGCCCAGAGCUACGAUGAGCUGGUAUCGCAACUCAAUAGCACCCAAAAGAAUGUCGAUUUGAAAACUAUUGGCAAGCAUUUGGUGAGUCCUGAAGAAAGCUUAAAACAGCCUGGUGGCGAUAUCACGAGAAGGAUAUACCACCAGAUGGAAAACGUGUCGGAUGAUGCACACCCUGGUGGAAUCAAUAUCCAUAACCCACGAAGACGAACUCGAAGUACUUCAUUUUCAAAGUAUUUAGAUGAGACUAGACGUGGAUCAACCGCAAGCGAUAUAAACGUACCGGGUGGGUUUAGAAGAGAGUUCAUCAUUCAAAACUCGAUAAAAAAGAAUCAAGAGCCACCCAAUUUCUUGACCCAGAACUUUAUGGAAUUUUUAAGCAUGUAUGGACACUACGCCGGAGAGGAUUUCACUGAUGAAGACGAUGACGAUGACCUGGAUGAAGAUACCGAUACUUUGCGAGACUCAAACUCAAACUACGAAGACGUGUUUGAUGAAGAAUCGAGCUUGUUGGGAAACCAAAGACAAUACGGAGCAGCCACACCUAAUUUACCAAAACAAUUGCCCAAAAGACGCGAACAACCACGAGGUACAGCAUCGGUUGCCAAGACCUUCUUCUUGGUGUUUAAGGCUCUUGUUGGAUCGGGAGUGUUGUUCUUGCCACGGGCUUUCUAUAAUGGUGGAUUACUGUUUUCCAUAAUUACGUUGAGCACGUUUGGGUUGCUCACUUAUUUCUGCUACGUUGUUCUUAUACAAUCGAAGGAGACGUUGAAAUUGGCCUCAUAUGGUGAAUUGGGAUUCAAGACCUAUGGAACGCCAUUAAAGUAUUCCAUUUUGGUGUCGAUCUUACUCAGUCAAAUUGGGUUUGUUGCCACUUAUGUGUUGUUCACCUCAGAAAACAUGAUUGCAUUUAUUGGAGGUCUUUUAACCGAACGACCAACUUGGCUAACACGUGCAAAUGCUGUUAUCGUCCAAUGCAUAUUGAUGAUCCCUUUGGUGUGGAUUAGAAACUUGACCAAGUUAUCAUUAGUCUCAUUAAUCUCGUCGGCAUUUAUUGUUAUUGGACUCCUCAUUAUUUUUUGGUUUUCGGGGUGGAAAAUAUACCUUGAAGGCGUUGGUCCAAAUAUCGCUAAUUUCAACUCCAAUAGUUGGACCAUGUUGAUUGGGGUUGCCGUUACCUCAUUUGAAGGUAUUGGGUUAAUACUACCAAUAGAGGCAUCAAUGGCACAACCAGAAAAAUUUCCCAUGGUUUUAUCAGUCAGUAUGUUUGUGAUUACGGCAAUUUUUGUCUCGAUUGGAACUGUGGGGUACACUGCUUUUGGUGAUAAAAUCAAGUCAAUUAUCAUACUAAAUUUACCACAAAACAAUAUAGCCGUGCAGUCGAUAUUGGUAUUGUAUUCAGUUGCUGUGUUUUUAUCAGGGCCUUUGCAAUUAUUCCCCGCGAUUAAAAUUGGUGAAUCCAUGUUCUUCAGGCACAAGGGUAAGGCAAAGUCGAAAAAUAGAGAUAAAGAUGGUAAAUUGUAUCAUCAUUCGGGGAAAUACAAUCCUCAAGUGAAGUGGUUGAAGAAUAUAUUUCGGGCUAUUUCUGUCACUUUGGUUUGCUUUAUUGCCUAUUUGAAUGCUGAUAAUAUUGAUAAAUUCGUCUCAUUUAAUGGAUGUUUUGCAUGUAUACCGUUGGUGUACAUCUACCCUCCUUUAAUUCAUUUACGAUCAGUCAAUAAAAAGAUUGAGAAAACUACAGUGGAUAAAAUUUUACCCGUAUUUGACUAUGUGUUGAUCGUGGUUGGGAUCGUGACGUGCGAUGGGAAUAUUCCUUGUCUGCGGUGUACCAGAAAUGAUGUUGAAUGUAUCCCCACGGUUAGUGACAUGAGAAAGAAUCGGCCGCCAGCAAACUAUGUUCACAAGCUUGAGACCCAGAUCAAGAAUAUCAAGAAAUUCAUCACAGACUUGAAGUCCUUGGACACUGAAAAACAACUUGAAACGUUGAAGGAAACAGAUUUGAUAGAUUUAGUCAAUAAUGGGUCCGAUGCUCCUACUUCACCGACAAAUUAUCCCAACACCCUGAGUCAAGAUUUGCAAGACGAAGUGGAAGAAAAUAAGGUCAUUUACGGUCCUACUUCGGUAUAUGAUAACCACAUAAUUGCCAAUAAAAAAAGGCCACCAAAGCGAGAGAAUGAAGUUGCUGUAAUAAACAGGCUCAACAAAGAUCCAGAUAUUCUUAAAUGCAUUCAACUAUUUUUCACGUGGCAGUAUCCUGACCACAAUAUGUUUAUUUUCCGUGAGGCAUUUCUUAUUGACUUUUUCGACCCAAAAGCCACCAGUAUAUACUGUUCCAAAACAUUAAUCUUGAGCAUUUGUGCCCUCGGUUCAAGAAUGGCUGAUGAAGAAAAAAUAUAUCGUCGAUCAAAGGAGUUUUAUACCGAGCUGAAGUCAAUCCUUUUAAGCACCCUUAGUCAACCAUCGAUAGCCUCAUUGCAAAGUUUUAUGGUGCUUGCCUUUUUUGAUAUUUGUAAUGGACUGAAUUCGAGUGGGUGGAUGCUCCUGGGAAACGCCAUGCGAAUGGGGUUUGACAUUGGAUUCCAAUUGAAUCCAAGAGUAUGGUUUGUUAAAUCAAAAGAGAGCUUGAACCCGUUGGAUGUUGAAAUUAGAUCGAGAAUUUAUUGGGGCUGUUAUAUGGCUGACCAUUUUAUAAGUUUGGUCUUGGGCCGGCCUUCAAUUUUGAAAAUGGCUGAUUCUUCAAUACCGGAGACGGCAGAUUUGCCCGAUUUAGAAUGGAUCGAUGAUUUUACAUAUAAUGGGUUCAUCAAGAAGAAAAGAGGUAUAGUCGCUACUGGGCCAUCAAAAGUGGUGUCAUAUAUUGGAGAUCCGUUGAAUCAAAUCAUCAACUUGAUAAACAUUUCCGAUAACAUGUUGAACGACAUCUUCACCAAAUCAGACGUUGAAAAUGAUCAAUCUAAUGAUGAAGAAUUGGACUUGGAAUCGCGAUUGGAAAAAUUGUUUGAGUAUAAUGCCCAAAUCAAACAGUGGAAAAAGAACCUACCACCAGAUUUACUAUGGAAUAAAGACUCGCUAGCAAGCACAGGUGAAAAUCCAACGUAUUCGGGGAUUCGAUAUUACUACUACAUUUUGCUCCUAUGUCUAAAUCGACCAUUUGUUGGUUUAGAAACGGAAAAGCUACAUUCGGAUAAUCAUCUUUCACCAUUGACUAUAUGUCUGAAUGUCAUUGAUGAUCUUUACAUAUCGAUACAGAAAUUUGAACAAGUAUACGGGUACCGACGAGCAUCCAUCUUUAUUGUCUAUUCAUCAAUUUUAUCCAUAUCGAUUAUCUUGUUGACAAAUUCGAGUCUUUCUCAAGUUAAUCAACAUCGACAACGAUUGCAAUUUUUCAUGGCGGUAUUGCACGGAUGUUCCAAGACUUGGAAAUUGGCUGAAAAAUCGUAUAAUUUGAUCAAGGACAAAUUAAAGCAUAGGUAUGAAACUGGUGAAUUGAAUGAAGAAGAAACUCCAAUUUCAUCAUCACAACAAGAUAAAUCGGGCGCAUCUGAAGAAUCUUUCAAGGAAAGCAACACUGCUGUAUCUUCAAUUUCACUAUUUGGCGAUAUUCCUCUGAUUAAAAAAGAGUCGCCCAUGUCGAGUACUGAUUCGCAGAGUUUCACCAAUACCGACGUAUUGCUUGAUGAUAAUAUCGACUUCCUUGGUGGGCCACCGGUUCUUAUGACAUCCGACUUGUUUAACGAGGACUGGGAGUCUCUAUUCCCCGAUUACAUUUUCCAUAGUAAAAAUUAG